UUGAGAGUUGGCAGUACUGGACAGGACACCGGAAGGAUGAAGGUUCUGUUACUCUUUGCGCUGCUUGCAGCCGCGCACUGUGAGAAGGUCUUCAUUGGGUAAGUUCAUCUGUUUAAGCUUUGUAAAUAAAUAUACCUACAUAAAUUAUGUUUCCCUUUGCAGAUUAGUACAUGAAAUCCAAGAGAUUCUGCAGUUAGUUGUACACUGCAGAACAUCAAUGGGCCAUCACAUUUUUGUAUCAGGAUCGCAAAAAGAUUACUUUUGCAAUGACAUGGGAUUAUUUAGUCACUCUUGGCUCUAACCUCUGAGAAACUUGAGUCUAUACUAGCAAUUCAUCAUAACCACCAUGUGACUUCAAAUGUACUGGGCGACAGGUAGCUUAGUGGUUAAGAGCGUUGUGCCAGUAACCGAAAGGUCGCUGGUUCUAAUCCCCAAGCCGACUAGGUGAAAAAUCUGUCGAUGUGCCCUUGAGCAAGGCACUUAACCCUAAGUGCUCCUGUAAGUUGCUCUGGAUAAGAGCGUCUGCUAAAUGACUGAAAUGUAAAUAUUGUUUCCCUGAUGAACUGAAAGAUUAAUACAAGAUUGAUAUAAUUUUGUAAUGCCUUCCUUCCUUCCCACACAGAGACCAGGUCAUCAGGGUCAAUGUGGAGUCUGAGGAGCAGAUUAGAUUUCUGCGUGCUCUGGAGCAGGACACAUACUGGGAUGUAAGUAUAAUAAAAAUAAGAGUAUAAUAUACUUGGUUUAGACCAUUUAACAAUCAUGUUUCCUGCUGCUAAUCAUGGCGUCCUUCCCUAUUCCCUCACUACGUAACUUAACACCCCCUUCUCCUCUUUCAGCUGGACUUCUGGCUCCACCCUGUGAACACUGGGAUCCCUGUGGACAUCCGCGUGCCCUACUCCAGCCUGUACGCUGUCAAGGACUACCUCCGUGCCCAUAACAUCCAGUUCUCUGUCAUGAUCAGCAACCUGCAGGUCAGUCACUGCAAAACACAGGAGGCUGCUGAGGGGAGAAUGGCUCAUAAUAAUGUCCGGAACAGAGCAAAUGGAAUGGCAUCAAACACCUGGAGACCAUGUGUUUGAUGUAUUUGAUACCAUUACACUGAUUCCGCUCCAAUCAUUACCACGAGCCCGUUCUCCCCAAUUAAGGUGCCACCAACCUCCUGUGCUGCAAAGUCUCUUCCCACAGCCACUGGUGGCCAUGAGUCUGGCAAGUGAGACUAGUCACUGCUCAGCUCACUGACGCCAUCUACUGGGAGAUCUGAACAUUUACGUUUUAUUUGGAUAAAGUAAUAUUGUAAUAUUCAAGUUCCUCGGUGUCCACAUCACUAAGGAUCUAUCAUGGCCCACAAAUACCAACAUAGUCUUGAAGAGGACACAACAGCGCCUCUUUUCCCACAGGUGGCUGAAAAGAUUUGUCAUGGGCCCUCAGAUCCUCAAUACAUUCUACAACUGCACAAUGAAAAGAUUUGUCAUGGGCCCUCAGAUCCUCAAUAUAUUCUACAACUGCACAAUUGAGAGCAUCUUGACUGGCUGCAUCACCGCUUGGUAUGGCAACUGCUUGGCAUCCGACCGCAAGGCGCUACAGAGGGUAGUGCGUACGGCCCAGUACAUCACUGAGGCCAAGCUCCCUGCCAUCCAGGACUUCCGGAACAGCUUCUACCCCCAAGCCAUAAGACUGCUAAAUAGUUAGUUAAAUAGUUAACCAAAUAGCUACCCGGACUAUCUGCAUUGACCGUUUUUUCACUAACUUUUUUUGACUCAUCACAUUCGUUGCUUUACUGUUUAUUGUCUGUCACUUUCUUCCUAGUUAUAUGUACAUAUCUACCUCAAUUACCUCGUACCCCUACACAUCGACUCGGUACUGGUACUCCGUGUAUAUAGCUACGUUGUCGUUACUAAUUGUGUAUUUAUUAUAACUUUUAUUAUAUGUUUUACUUUUCUAUUAUUUCGCUAUUUUUUUCUUUCUCUCUGCAUUGUUGGGAAGGGCCCGUGAGUAAGCAUUUCACUGUCAGUCUACACCUGUUGCUUACGAAGCAUGUGUGGCUGGAGUUGCUGAUCUACCGCCAUUGACUGGUCUUUGUCAGUACAAACAGUCAUUCAAACGACAUUUAGAGAUAAUAAUUGUCUCAUCCACUGUUUGAGAUAGUUGUAUUCUGAUUAUAUUGUUUAAAGAUAAAUAACAUGCUGAUUAACAGAUUUGAAGAUGUACACUCUUAGAAAAAAAGGUUAUAUCUAGAACCUAAAAUGAUUAUUCGCCUGUUCCCAUAGGAGAACCCUUUAAGGAACCCUUUUUGGUUCCAGGUAGAACCCGUUCCACAGACAUGGAACCAAUAAGGGUUCUACCUGGAACCAGUGUUGUAGUACAUUAAUAACUUAACAGCCUUUAUAUAUAUAUUAUAGACAUGUUUGCGCAGUGGCGAACCUAUAGGCCUUCAGCGUGUGACAGGUUCAUGAUUCUGAAAAUACUUCAACCGUAAUACCAGCGCACUCAUGUAGGAGAGUGCACUUUUUUGUAAAACACAAAGGGCCAGUGGUGGGUAUACGCAGGUAUAAACCGUAUUUGUUUUCAGUGGGCAUUGAGUAUACUCACUUCUUAAUCCCUACUGAUGCGUAUCAAAGUAGUGUAGUGGAGGUAUGCGAUUUAUCAAUUAUGUAGUACAAUAGAGAAAUCAUCCACAAAGUAGCCUACACAAUUGCUAAGCACGUGAAAUAUAUGCACUUGCGCGCUGUACACAGCCUAGUUUCAGCGGAAUAUCAUCUGCAGGCAGCAAUAGUGUGCAGCUCACAGAAGAAUGACAUCGGUAGCCGGUAGGGUAGGAUUCACAGGGGCGGUGUGUUCAAUAGGGCGAUAUGGGCGACGCACUGCCAAACGGGAAAAGGAAGGGAUUUUUUUUCUAAUCAAUUAUAUCACGGCAACAGUAGUUAUCAGUGUUGUAAUCUAGACGUCUGAUCUGCCACAGUGCCACUAAAUGUCCAAUCAGGCUAAAGUCGUGCUUCAAAUGCCCCCCCCCCCCCCCUUUUGGGGCGAUUUCAGUCAGGUUGAAAAUCGCCCAGAAGUCUGUCAUAGACUCCCAUGUAAAAUAAAUUUUUUUCAAAUAUCAGAGCUUUCAAUACAAUCUCUAUGGGUUUCUGAGGGCUUGCACUUACGCGCUUUCGUCAUACGUAACAUAACCAUGAACGUAACUAAGAAAAGAGCGGGUAGCCUCGUCAAUCAAUUCACUACUACUAUCAAAAUGGCUAGGCUUCAGUGCAACUCGAUUGUGUCUUUGAAAGAAGUUCCUUUUUGUCGGCGAACAAAUGAAGAUAAAUUGGCAACGAAACAAUUAGGACCUCCCAGACCAAAUUUAAUAAUUCAACAGGUUUCUACUAAAGGGGGGAAGUCCUACACCCGAGGAUUUUCCAAAAAUUGGUACGAACGAAAAACCUGGCUAGCAGGCUGCGAUGUAGCUAAUGCAGUCUUCUGCUACCCCCUGCUUACUCUUUCACCCUGAAGGCGGCACGGCAGACAGCACCGCUUGGACAGCGACUGGUGUGUAACGGACAUGCACCAUCUUUCAGGAAAGAUUAAGAAACAUGAGCUGUCAAAGACCCACAUGGAUAGCUGUUUGAGAUUGUCUGCUUUGGGGAGAGUGAACAUUCCCACUCAACUGGAUGAGGGAUACAGGCUAGCUGUCCGCCGCCACAACGAUGAGGUUAGUGUUGAUAAUCACAAGUUUACUGGAGAACUGAAACUGACAAGGCUGACAAGAUAGGACCCUUUUGUCCAUUGUUAUUGGAUAGGAACAGAACUUAUAACCAGCUCCUGACCUAAAUAGAUCUUAGCACAACAUUUUACUCAACAUAUCAUAUUCCAUAUUCACUAUAACAAAUAUAUUUACUACGACAUUAGCAAGAACCGCCACAUCCUCAGCCGGCUAAUCCAGUGUGUGAAGUUUUGCGGAGUGUUUGAGUUAGCUUUGCGAGGCAAAGAUGAAACUGAGGGCUCCACCAACCCUGGUAAGCCAACACUUUUGAGAUCAGUCAAUAAAUGCUUCUGGUAUUGACUUAUAUGCUGCCCCUGUCUUCAUGUUGUUGCUGGACAUAUCUUUUUUUAAAUGUGUGUAGGUCACCUAAAUCAUCAGAAAAAUUGCCCCCCCUGAGAAUUUUUUCAGGAGCCGCCACUGGGUAGCUAAUACGUUUCAAUGUAUGAUGUCUACCUGUAAAUCCUAACAAAGGCAACAAUGGGUAUGCAAACAAAGUAUUGAAAAAGUUUAGUCCAAAGUGUUGGUUAGUAGGCUAUUUGUGAGGGGCGUAGACAUGGAUGGGCCUGGGUGGACAGAGGCCCACCCACUGGGGAGCCAGGCCCUGACAGGCCCACCCAAUCAGAUUGAUGUGGUUUAAGCAUUGUUGUCGACUUAGAUCAUCACAUGUAUUUUUUCUAUAAAAACAAAGUGGGAUUUUGAGAGUGAAAAUCUGAAAAAUCUAUAGGAAAACUCACAAAAAAAACAUAGGAAUUUUCACACCGAGUGCCUUUCCUUCGCUGGGCGAGCCAUUUGGGAUUUUGUUAGCAAAUUUAGAGUAUACCCAGUUCUCCAGGCACCACUACACCACUGCAUAGGGCCGAUGGAAAGACAGCAAUCACACACAGCAUGAUGUUAAAGGAUAAGCAGUCCAUAAACUCUGACAUAAUAAGCCAGUAGGUCCCAAUCAUAAGAAUACAAAAACACAACCAUUAAGCAUUUCCCAAUCGAAAUGUACAAUUAUUACUUCCUAUUGCAAAAAAAAACAUUUCACAUUUAGCACACAAAGUAACCAGUGACCUAAAGUUUAAAGUGGAAACGACAGCGUUUUAACUACUUUGCAGAUAUGAAACAAACAGACAAUCAAAAAGUCUAAAAUAUCAAAUUCCCAGUUUAUGCUACAAAACCAACUUUAUAAGUGGUUUUGAAAAUAGGUUAUAUUUGACUCAACGUACACUAAUGUACACCAUGAUGCAGACUAAGCCAUUGUUGGCAGAAUAGAUAGAUGCAGUUCAAUGCAUGAUUAAUAUAACUCACCAAUACAUUUCUUGGUAGUCCAAAAAAUAUUGCUAUCAAGUUGUAAAUCACAGCUGGCCUGGUACAUUGUUUGCUGCCGCCAUUCGGGAUGCACUGUUUCAGUUCAAUGACUCAAUAUUCUGGACAAAAACAGACUAAUGUAACUAACGCUGGGAAUGUCAAUACAAUCAAACUAGCAAGGGCAAUGAUUACAAGUCAGUCAUAACGUGGCUAAUAGGCUAGCAUAUCUGUUUAUGUAGCAAGCUAAAAACACAGAACCUAAUGUAAACUAGAUAUCUAGCUAGCUAGCUGCUAGGAGGAUGUCAUGUCAUGCCAUUGGGGGAGUGGGUGAGUGACUGACUUUUUCUCCUCAUAUAGUUUUUCGGUGGCUAUACACAGCUAGAGAUUACAAUCAUGGUCUUGAAUUGGACUCGCAUUUUUAUGGUCUCGGUCUUGACUCGGUCUCGGACCCCUUGUCCCCCUCCCAGUCUCGGUCUUGACUCGGUCUCACCCCCCCUCCGGUCUUGGUCUUGACUCGACUCGCUACAGUCUUGGUCUUGAAUUGGUCUCGCUUUAGGUCGUCUCGAACACAACACUGCCUGGAACCAGAAAGGGUUAUUUUACGGGGGACAGCCGGAGAACCCUUUUGGAACCUUUUUUUCUAAGUGUGUAGCUAAUAAUGAUGAAUGCCAGGUUUUAGAAUGUAGCAAUGACUGUAAAAUGCACUUUUAUAUAGUGAGUGAUACUGUUUGGGCACCACAGUAAUAAAUAACUCAGUUGGUUGCUGUGUUGGGGAGUAGUGAACUAAAUGUAGUUCAACUAGUAAUUGAACUACAUUUUGCAGUAGUUUGGUGGUAGCUGAACUAAAUUCAAAUCUUUUUAAUAACUUUUUUUUGCCAUGUAGCAGUGUAGCUAACUACUGGAACUACACACUACUUUUUUUGCAAAAAUAAAGUAUGGGUGAAGUAGUCAUCAGACCUGCCUAAUUCUCACUUGAAACAUAGUUUUUGUUGUUUAAUAGGCUAAAUUACACAUUCUGUUAAAAUCUGACUCCAGACUGAUCUGUUCUUGCAAUUUGUAGUCUGACAAAGUAGUUUUGAUGUAGUGAACUAACUUUAGUUAAGUAAACUAUAUUUUUCUUAAGGGUCGCUUUAGUGUAGGUUAACUUCUUACAGUGAGGAGUAAUUGGUAGUUUGGUAAACAAUAUUUUCAGAAUAGCUUCCCCAACACUGGUUGGUUAUAAUAACUUACUGUAAUAACUCACAGUAAUAACUGGUAGUAAUAACUUGAUUGGUAUUGUCAUUGUUUCAGGAACUCCUGGAUGAGGAGAAGGCAGAGAUGGAGGAGAACAACAUGAUGGAGCGCAGCUCCAAAAGCUUCAACUUUGGAGCCUAUCACCCUCUGGAGACGGUACACACACACAUACACGCUCACACAAACAAACAAAUACACACACACACACGCUCACACAAACACACACACACACACACACUCACACACACACACACACACACACAUACACGCUCACACAAACAAACAAACACACACACACACACUCACUCAUGUAAACAUGCAAACAUGUGAACACCCACUCACUCACAUAUUGUAGCUUCAAACUUGCAUGAAUUCCAAAUUGCACCCCUCAUCAAUUUGACAUAUGCAUUAUUCUAAUUGCAGAGUUGAUAUUGUACUGAGGAUGUAAAAUACAAUAAUAAUGUGUUGCAUUACAUAUAAUCUAUACUAUAUACAUCAUAUAUCAUACUUAUGUUGCAUAACAUACAUUAUGUUGACACUAUCCUGAUGUUGUUUCUUUUCUCUCCAGAUCUACAGCUGGAUGGAUGACCUGGUGGCUGCUCACCCUAACCUGGUCACCAAGGAACAGAUCGGAACCUCCUAUGAAGGCAGGCCCAUGUAUGUCCUGAAGGUACGUAGAGGAUUAAAUGGAAAAACAAUCUUUUUUUUUUAGAGAGAGAGAGAGAGAGUGAGAUAGCUGUAAUGUUAUAUACUUGCAUUUGUUGGUGUGUAUGUACCAUAACGCGUCACUGCUCCCUAAGAGCUGAAUGAAACAAGACCAUAACACCUCUGUCCUCUGUUGUAGUUCAGCACGGGUGGCGACAAGCGUCCUGCCAUCUGGGUUGACUCUGGCAUCCACUCCAGAGAGUGGGUGUCUCAGGCCACUGGAGUGUGGACCGCCAACAAGGUGAGAGAACACCUGCUCUCAUUCCAAGAGCAAAACCAGACUUCUAUUGUAUUCAGAAUUAACACGAACACAUUAUACAGAAAAACAACAUUCCAACACUGUAUGUGUCUCACAAAUGAAUGUUAUUGUUCUUCAGAUUGCCAGUGACUAUGGUACUGAUGCCUCCCUGACCUCCCUCCUGAAAACCAUGGACAUCUACCUGCUGAUUCUGGCCAACCCUGAUGGAUACGUCCACAGCCACACCAGUGUAGGUGUCAUACCAUAUACAGUGCUAUAAUACAACUAUACUGCUGUCUACGUCCACUCCCACACCAGUGUAGGUACCUCCUAUAGAUGUAACAUAUAGGCCUAUACAUAACUAAAUACAAUUCUACAUUAAGGCUAUACUGUGGUGGGAUUUAGAGUGAAGUGUAAAGUGUGACCUUUCAUCUGUUCACCUCAGUGUGUCUCAACGUAGAGUAAUAUGAGGACAAUCCUGGUUGUGCUACAUGGUAUACCAGUAUAAUGUUACUGAGUUAGAGUCUUGUGUCCUCAUGGUAUACCAGUAUAAUGUUACUGAGUUAGUUAGUACCAGUAUAAUGUUACUGAGUUAGAGUAUUGUGUCCUCAUGGUAUACCAGUAUAAUGUUACUGAGUUAGAGUAUUGUGUCCUCAUGGUAUACCAGUAUAAUGUUACUGAGUUAGAGUCUUGUGUCCUCAUGGUAUACCAGUAUAAUGUUACUGAGUUAGAGUCUUGUGUCCUCAUGGUAUACCAGUAUAAUGUUACUGAGUUAGAGUCUUGUGUCCUCAUGGUAUACCAGUAUAAUGUUACUGAGUUAGAGUCUUGUGUCCUCAUGGUAUACCAGUAUAAUGUUACUGAGUUAGAGUCUUGUGUCCUCAUGGUUCACAGAACCGUAUGUGGCGCAAGACUCGCUCCCAGAACUCUGGCUCCACGUGCCGUGGUGUCGACCCCAACAGGAACUGGGAUGCCGGUUUUGGAGGUGGGUAUCACGCCUCAUUUUGAGCACCAAAACUAUGUAAGGUUACAGUCCCAUACCAGCUUUGGUGGUGGGUGUCACAGGUUGACAAUGGCAUAGAUUUCCACAACCUGUCCAUAAGAUGAAAUGAGUGAAAAGCAUAGUCUUAUGAGAAACACUUUAUGGUGUGAAGACAAUGCUUUCCUUCUUUAACAUGACAAACCUUUUUGUUGUAUGCAGAAUAACCUGUGUUUAUCCGUGUCUUUAUGUGUGUUUGUGUUUCUCCAGGCCCCGGUGCCAGUACCAACCCCUGUUCUGACUCCUACCACGGCCCGUCUCCCCACUCUGAGAUAGAGGUGAAGAACGUUGUGAACCUGGUGAAGAACCACGGCAACUUCAAGUCCUUCAUCUCCAUCCACGCCUACUCCCAGCUGCUCAUGUACCCCUACGGAUACACCUGCAAAGAUGCGUUCCACGCGGCUGAACUGGUAACAUAACACACACCACACACACACACACACACACACACACACACUAAUCCACUGAUUCUCCUGUCUCUGCUGCUUUCUGGUAGGACUCUGUGGGCAGGUCUGCAGUCCAGAAGCUCAGCUCUCUCCAUGGAACCACAUACAAGGUUGGCAGCAUCUGCAAGAUCAUCUGUGAGUAUUCAAUAUUUCAGAAUUGUUGUACUAUUAGUGUUUCAAUGAAGUUGGUUUGUCAUUAGAUGCGACCCACCCGCCAGAACUGGAAAGCACAGUAUGGUAGUUCAAUCUAAUACUUUCAACUUAAACUAAUGAUUUGAAAAUAAGAAUCCCUUAUUAAUAUGUGAUGUCUCCCCCUCCAGACCAAGCCAGCGGAGGCAGCAUCGAUUGGUCCUACAACCUGGGCAUCAAAUACUCCUUUGCCUUCGAGCUGAGGGACACCGGUCGCUAUGGUUUCAUCCUGCCAGCCAAUCAGAUCAUCCCCACUGCCUCUGAGACCUGGCUGGCCCUGAAGGACAUCAUGGAGUAUGUCCAUGACCACUCCUAUUAAGUCCCAAACCCACCCUACACACACACCUUUCCUUCCAAGGCCUGAACUCAGUUAAAUAAAGAAUUCUAGGUCUGGAAAAA